AUGGAUUACCAGCUUACCUUCAGAAGAACUGACAGUUUGGAGAUAACUGGAUACUCAGACUCUGAUUUUGCUGGUUGCUUUGAUAGCAGGAAAUCCACUUCAGGUUAUGUUUUCCUAUUGGCUGGUGGAGCAAUCUCAUGGAGAAGUAUGAAGCAAACAAUCACUGCUUCAUCUACAAGGGAGGUUGAGUUUGUGGCAUGCUUUGAGGCCACAGUGCAUGGUUUAUGGCUGAGGAACUUUAUCUCAGGGCUUGGAGUUGUCGACUCUAUUGUCAGGCCGCUGAGAAUUUAUUGUGAUAAUUCCUUUACAGUAUUUUUCUCAAAUAAUGAUAGGUAUUCUAAAGGUGCUAAGCACAUUAAGCUCAAAUACCUAAGCAUUAAGGAGGAAGUAUAG